AUGGCUAUUCAGGCGUCCCAUCGUGCUAUCUCUCACUGGCUUACUGGCGAACAUCUGAAGAUUCAGCGGCCAUUGGGAGACUUUUCAAAGGACAACUGGGGAGACAAUCUGACACGCGAUCCAAAGAACUAUCCCACACUCCUACCCGGAUUGGUUCAGGAAAGCAAAGCUACGUCCAAUCUGCUGCGUGUAGUUAUGAAACUUACAGAUAAGCGGUGGGAAAAAAUUAUUCAGGGUGCGAUGAAGGCUACACGUAGGCACAAGAGUAUUACAAUCCAGCCAGUAGCACCAGCCGCCCCCGAUGCCAUCGAGGAACCUCUUUCCGACUUUUCUAUUCUCGAUAACGAUAAUGACAGUGAUUAG